ACACACCAGAAGGUUCACAAGGGAGAGAAGUCAUAUCAGUGUUCUGAAUGUGAUAAAGCUUUUAUAAAGAAGUCAAAUUUUUUCAGACACCAGAGGAUUCACACUGGAGAGAAGUCAUAUCAGUGUUCUGAAUGUGAUAAAGCUUUUUCUUAUCACACACUCAUCUUUACACACCAGAGGAUUCACACUGGAGAGAAGUCAUAUCAGUGUUCUGAAUGUCUUUUGAAUCUUGUGAUACAAGCUUUCACACUGGAGAGAAGCCAGAGGAUUCACACUGGAGAGAAGCCAUAUCAGUGUUCUGAAUGUGAUAAAGCUUUUACACAGAAGUCACAUCUUAUCACACACCAGAGGAUUCACACUGGAGAGAAGCCAUAUCAGUGUUCUGAAUGUGAUAAAGCAAGUCAUCAUCUUGAUCACACAUCAGAGAGGAUUCACACUGGAGAGAAGCCAUAUCAGUGUUCUGAAUGUGAUAAAGCUUUUACACAGAAGUCACAUCUUAUCACACACCAGAGGAUUCACACUGGAGAGAAGCCAUUUUAA